UUUCUACAUAUAGUAGAAAUACACAAGUAAAUCUAUGUAAACUACUCUAAAUAAAUAUAUUAUAGUUUUAAAUUUGGUAAGGGUGUGGUGAUAGUCCUUGGAAAAUGUUCUUCGUUUUCAACUUAAUGUCUCGGGUUUAACUCUCAACCUGUUUUGGUGUAUUUAUUUUCAAGUGAGGAAAUUAAAGCAAAUUCCUUAUAUUACCACUAUUUUUAGUUGUUUGUCAAGCCUUCAAGUUUUAUUCAACAAAUUAAAGGAUUAAGAAGAAGAAUAUAUAAUAAUAAAAAUGGAAGAUGUGAUUAGAAGGAGAAAGAAAGGGGUGAUAAAACCCGUAAAGAUAAAUAGAGGAAUAAUGGAAAUUGAAGGAGAAAGAGUAGAAGACGAACCACUAAGUCCAUCAUCAGCAAUGUUUCAUAAGCCUAAUUUUAAUGUACAUAUUUUGGCAAUUAUGGGUUGUAAAACUCAUGUUGAUCUUCAACUUUGCAAGGAAAAAGCUCCUCUUACUCUCCUUAAGCAUCCUCGUUUCUCUAGUAUUGUGGUAGGAGAUCCAAGCAAAGGAGAAGAAUUGAAAUGGGUUAGAACAGAAGUGGACUUAGACAAACACAUUAUAGUGCCAGAAAUAGACACUAACAAAAUAGAGUCACCAGAAAAGUAUGUUGAAGACUACAUGUACAACCUUAGCAAAACAACCUUAGACAAAUCUAGGCCACUUUGGGACAUCCAUGUACUCCAUCUGCCCCUCUCCGAAGACGUCAAAGCCCUCGGAAUUUUUCGAAUUCAUCAUUCGCUUGGUGAUGGCUCGUCGCUAAUGUCGCUUCUGUUAGCCCUAACACGACAAACCUCUAAUCCCGAGGCCUUACCUACAAUUCCCCUUCAAAAAAUUCACGAAAAUGAUGAUAAUAAUGAUGAUAAUGAUACUCGUAAAAUUAAUUUUAUGGGCUUAAUUUGGAGAUGGAUUUUGGCCUUUUGGUGGAUGGUACAAUUGUCAUGGAACACAUUGAUGGAUGUUUUUAUGUUUUUAGCAACUGCCCUAUUUUUAAAGGAUGAUAAUACUCUUCUUAAGGGUGGUGGACCUAAUUCUCCUAGGCGUGUUGUGUACAAGAUUGUUAGUCUUGAUGACAUGAAAUUGGUGAAGAAUGCAAUUUCGGGUACCAUCAACGAUGUUGCACUUGGAAUCACACAAGCUGGUUUGACGCGAUAUCUUUGUAGGAAAUUUGAAAAUGAUGCAAAGAAUUGUGAAGACGGUGCAAGAUCAAGAAAAGCGAAAAGGCCCCCAAAGCAUAUUCGUUUGAGAUCAGUUCUUCUAAUCAACAUACGACCAUCUGGAGGAAUUGAGGCUUUAGCAGAUCUAAUGGAGAAAGACGCAGAAGCAAAAUGGGGAAAUUCAUUAGGUUAUGUACUCCUUCCAUUUAACAUUGGAUGGCGAGAUGAUCCAUUGGAUUACAUUCGAGAAGCCAAGAGAACCGUUGAUAGAAAAAAACUUUCCCUAGAAGCCUUAUACACAUUUUUCAUUGCUGAUAUUGUCCAGAAAUUGUUUGGUAAAAAGAUGGCAAACGCGAUUUCUGAUAGAAUCAACGCCCAUACAACAAUCGCCUUCUCAAACUUAGUUGGACCAAUGGAAGAGAUUAGCUUCUAUGGUCAUCCCUUGGCUUUUCUUGCUCCAUCAUCUUAUGGCCAACCAUGUCCGGUGAUGGUAAACUUCCAAAGUUAUACCAACAAGAUGACAAUAGUUCUAGCUGUUGAUGAACAAGCUGUUCCUGAUCCUCAUCAAUUGUGUGAAGAUAUUGCUGAUUCUCUCAAAUUAGUUAAGGAUGCUGUAAUAGCAAAAGGUCUUUCUAAGGAUCAUGUUGCAACAAAUGGACUUGAAUCAAGGAAAGAGCAAUGACAAGUAAUGAAUCACGCAAGAUACUAUGAUAUCCGGUGUCUCAUCUGAUUAUAGAGUAUGUAACAUAUUUUAAAGCCUCAAUUAUUAAUUUAAGAUUUUAAUUGAGACUCAUAUAUUAUAUACUCUAACAUAAUUCACAGCCGAUCGAUUAGAAAUAUUUGUUUCUAUUUAGCUUGCGAUUUAAUUUUUUUAAUCCAAAGAAAAGUCAAAUCCUUUCAUAUUUGUUUUAUAUAGUCCUUUGUUUUAAUUUCUUCAUAAGUGAGCAAGAAAGAGCUCCAAAUGUACCUUACAAAAUUGAUGUCUUGAAAUGUAUAAUAUUUGCAUUUUUCUUAGUGAUGAUUUCAUCCAUUUUGGGAUAUUUCUUUAUUUAUGCCAUUAUCUUAGUGAGUUAUGAAAUAUAGUUGUCCAAGUCAAAACCCACUUGAAGAUAUUUUUGGGCCUGCAACACUUUGUAGUAAAUCUCUUGGCCCAUAUACAAUUCUACCUCAAAACAAUGCAUUGUAUGAGACCGUCUCACUAUAAGACAAACCGUACAAUCAACCCAUUUAUCUGUUAUUUUAGGCUUGAGUAACUUAAACUUUUAUACGAAUACUUUUUAUAGUAAAAGUUUUAUCAUCUACUCUUGUGUGAGACCAU